CUGGGGGGGGAGGGGCGGUAUAAAUACUUGGGGGUGGGGCUUUGUCGUAACGCAGAGACGCUCGAAGGCAAGAUGGCAGCUGCGUGUGUGACUGCUCGAAUCGCCAAGACGGUGAGGAAUGGCCUGCAGUGUGGCCUCCAGGUGCGGCCCUACUCUUCGGCCCAUGCGCCUUCCACGGCCUCUUCAGCACUGGCCUCCGGCUUCAACUUUGAACUUACGGAUCAACAGAAGGAGUUCCAGUUAAUGGCUCGGAAAUUUGCGGCUGAAGAGAUUAUUCCAGUUGCAGCAAAUUUAGACCGUACAGGAGAGUACCCAGUUUCCAUCAUCAAGAAGGCUUGGGAGCUUGGACUGAUGAACACUCAUAUCCCUGAGCAUUGUGGAGGGCCAGAGUUGGGGAUUUUCGAUGCCUGCGUCGUCACAGAGGAGUUGGCGUUCGGCUGCACGGGCGUGCAGACGGCCAUCGAGGCCAACUCGCUCGGGCAAAUGCCGGUGAUUUUGGCAGGAAAUCCAGCUCAACAGAAGAAGUACUUGGGCAGAAUGACAGAAGAGCCUCUCAUGUGUGCCUAUGCAGUGACCGAGCCCGGAGCCGGCUCCGACGUGGCUGGAAUUAAGACUCGUGCUGUGAAGAAGGGAGACACUUACGUCAUCAAUGGUCAAAAGAUGUGGAUCACCAAUGGUGGCAAGGCAAACUGGUACUUUGUUCUCACGCGCACCGAGACAGACCCCAAGGUUCCAGCCAGUAAGGCCUUCACGGGGUUCAUUGUGGAUGCUGACACGCCAGGAGUCGUGCCAGGAAGAAAGGAGAUGAACAUGGGCCAGCGCUGCUCUGACACCCGAGGGAUCACGUUCGAGGACGUUGUCGUCCCCAAAGAGAACGUUCUGAUCGGAGAGGGAGCCGGCUUCAAGAUCGCCAUGGGAGCUUUCGACAAGACGCGCCCCCCUGUGGCCGCCGGUGCCGUCGGGCUGGCUCGCAGAGCCCUGGAAGAGGCGACGAAGUACGCACUGGAACGCCGGACGUUCGGAAAACUCAUCGCCGAGCACCAGGCCGUGUCCUUCCUCCUGGCGGAGAUGGCCAUGAAGGUGGAGCUCGCUCGCCUGGCCACGCAGCGCUCCGCCUGGGAGGUGGACCACGGCUUCCGCAACACCUACCUGGCCUCCAUCGCCAAAGCCUACGCCGGCGACAUCGCCAACCAGGUGGCGUCUGAUGCGGUGCAAAUCUUUGGUGGAAAUGGCUUCAACAGCGAGUACCCCGUGGAGAAGCUGAUGCGUGAUGCUAAGAUCUACCAGAUUUACGAAGGCACGGCUCAAAUUCAGCGCCUGAUCAUCGCGCGUGAACACCUGGCCAAGUACAAGGUCUAGAGGAGCUCUGGACGGCUUCGUGCACGGCUUCCAGUGGCGUGGAGAUGAUGACCACCGUUCCAAAACCGUCCCCACCACCGUUUCAGACGCAAUCCGCAAACAAGCGCAAUAUUAUUCAUCUUUUGCUUGCCUCGGAACACCGCGUAAUGUAUAGUUUUCUUUUCUGGGAGGGCCCUGUCUGAAAUGUUUGGUUGUUUCCUCCUUAAAUACGUGCUUCCUGUAAUUAGAUGCACUUGCUUAAGUGGAUGUACGGGUGAAUUGGUCCAAGGUAAAUCAAGGCUUUAGAUGUGUUGCUUUUGAGUUCGCCAUUCUGCAAACAUGUUACUUUCACGCUUGCUGGAAUGUAUUUUUUUAGAUUGUUUUUACAGUAGUGUACUCGUCAUACAUAUCCGAGUAAAAAUGUUAAAUAUGCGACACAUCCUCUGGCUUUCGGGGACAACUAUCGUGAUUUCUUCACUCGGACCAGCAGGUUAUAUUUCAUUUCAUCAGGUUAUGAACAAAACAUUUCUGUCCACCGAUUCACGUGCGUGUGUGUGUAGAACCUCAACAAGUGCUUCCAUACCUUGGUUAGUGCCUUGAAGGCUGGGCACCAGGUGUGGGCAAUUGUCACCUGCUUGGCGCGAUGGCCAGGUAGCAGGUCGCUCUACGCACACCUGGCUGAGCGAUACUACGGAGUGCCUUCCUUGCCAACUGUCAUUUCUUCGAACAAAAGGAAUGCAAUGCCAAAUUGCUGCCCGAGGCCUUGUACAAUGCGGACUGUGUAGUCUCUUGAUUUUAAACGACUUGGUUUUUCAUGUUCAAUCACCCCGUUGAUACCGUUUGUAAUGGGCAUCAAUGUUGGAAUAAACACAUGGGAACAUUUCCAAA